CUGCAACAUCUGCAAUCAACUCACUCAAAUCUACCUAUCCAAACAACCCCCAACCAAUUCUUCAUCAUGCGUUUCACCGGCCUAACCGCAGUUCUUCUCGCAGCUCUCGUCACUGAUCACGCUCACGCUGCCGAGCGCUGCACCAAUCAGCUCACCAACGACUGGUCCCGCCGCUACGAGGCUUGGUCCAACACCUGGGUCCCUAACGCCGAUGCCGUCUGCGGCAAUCUCUGGGCUAACCUUAACCGCUACCCUGAAUGUGCUGGUGUGAGCGACCAGUACUGCGGUUACGACAAUAGCGGUUCUUCGCUCGUCUGGGCGUUUACUACUGGAAGUGGCUGCGAAGCGCGAUCGGUGAUGGAUUCGUGGUAUUGGGCUACCAAGAACCAGUGGGGCAAUAUUGAUUGCAGGCAGUGA